CCACACACGCCAGCCAGACUCUCUCAGUCAGACAGUGAAACAGAGCUGAAUGCUGCUCUGGUUGAAGGUCAAUGGGUUACAUAUUGUCGUCUUCAUUUUUUCCUCCAUAUAAUUUCGAACAAAACCUUAAUCGCACUUUAAUUGGAUAAUUUUUACUGGGAAGUGGACCAUUCGCACUCAUCUAAAUAUUCUAGCAUACAAACAAAACGUUUAAUUGCGAGCGGCUAAAAAUAGCAUUUGAAGUUCUCUGCUGUUCACGUGGUAGAAGUACAAAUGGAUAGCCUCUUGAAGAAAAGGAAGUAUCAGGGCUCUGACAGUGAUGAUGGGGAGGUGAAGAAGAGCUUACCUCUGAAGAAACCUUCUAGCCAAGCCUUCACCCUGAGGGUGGCAUUGCGCCCACGCGCUGUGCCUCCUCCCAACUUUGAUGACGAGGAUGAGGAUGAGGAGGAAGAGCAGGAGGAGGCGGCGAAGCCAGUAAGACGAGGAAAGCAAAAGCCCAAGUCCUCAAAGCCCUCAACGCCCAAGCUCCCGAAACCCGCUAAGCCCAGGCGAAGUGUCCGGUUCAAGCAGGAGCCUCAGCAGGAUGAGGAUGAGGAAAAGGAGAAUAAUAAGAAGAAGGAAGAUGAAGAGACGGGGAAACCUGUUGUCCAGCAGCCAAAGUCUCCCAAAUCCUCAGACUCUGAGUCUGACUCUGAGUCCUCCAAUUUCUUGGAGAAAAGGGAUAUGAACAUCAAGGCAAAUAAAGCAAUGUUGGCACAACUGAUGGCUGAUUUGCAAAAGAUGCCCGUGGGCCUUCUCAAAGCCAAGCCCAGCCGCAAGAAGGAACCCCGUACGCAGCGUGCCCCUCGCUCCUCCACGGACGGGCCGGAGUCUCCGCGCCGUAACCCUGAGCGCACAUCUCGCCGCCACACCCGCUCCAUGGGCGGAGCUGACCUGGCGGGUACUGAGGAGCACCUAGAACUCAGCCUGGAGGAGGAGCUCACUAAGGUCCGGGGCACCCCUCGUCCUCGUGCGGCACCGCGGCCCCGGCAGAGCAAAGCGCACGUGGUCCGCACUGUAGAGGAGAUCACUGAAGAUGAUCUGGAGCUGGUGGCCGACAACAUGACCGAGAAGAUCUACAACACGGUCACGGGCAGCACGUGCCACCAGUGCAGGCAGAAGACUGUGGACACCAAGACGUGCUGCCGCAAUGAGGACUGCAGAGGGAUCAUGGGCCAGUUCUGUGGGCCGUGCCUCCGAAACCGCUACGGAGAGGACGUCCGCAAAGCUCUUCUAGAUCCGGAGUGGAGGUGCCCGCCGUGUCGUGGCAUUUGUAACUGCAGCUUCUGCCGCCAGCGAGACGGACGCUGCCCAACGGGCAUUCUGUUUCCCCUGGCACAGUACCAUGGCUUCUCCGAUGUGCAUUCCUAUCUUACCAGCCUUCGCAACAAGAUAAAAGCCGGGGAUGCGUCUGCGGAUGAAGAGUAGACGGCAACCACCUUGUCAUCCACCAGGGGGUGCCCUAAUGCACUGCACUACUUCCAGCAGACAGCUCUUAUACAGUCGACAAUGAAUGAAGUCCACAUUCUGCUUAUUGUUUGAGAUGAAUUUGCAGGGUAUUUAAAGCUUUUAAAAAUGUUUUACAUGUGUUUUUUGUAUAUGCGUGUUGCAUCUUGUUUGGAUUUUUAAAUAAAACAUUUACAUGAA